AGACAGCUAAAAAGAACCCAUUCGCGCCAUAGAAAAGAGUCGGAUUGCCAAACACUGAGCGAGCAUAGCAAGCGAUAGAUAUGGUGAAGAGGUGCGUUUUGGGUUGUUAUCCGCACAAAACCUUGUUCCCUUUUCCCAAGCUACCGUGGUUGCGAGCCCGCUGGCUCGAAUUUUUGCAUUUUGAGGAAGGAGGAAUAUCAGAGAGUUCGCGUUUGUGUGCGAAGCAUUUUGCCCGAGAAUGCUUCACAAAUUUACAGCAGUAUGAAAUGGGCUUCGCUGACUUUCUUAGUUUGAUAGACAUGGCUGUCCCGACGAUAUACACCGUUGGUUCGGCACCGACUGUGAAGCCAAUGACACGAGAGGUAGGCUGCCAAUGUAAUGCUCCAGUUCUGAAGAGUGUGGCGGUCCAAGCAGUGCGCACCCAAAAAAAGCCAAAACGGAGAAGUAAAGCCAUUCAGGUGAGACCUCUUGUGAGUCACUGUGCUAGUGUGUCCUGCUCCGAUGAGGAUUUUCCCGUCAAAUCUGAAUCUUCAUUCACAUUAACACCAAUUAAAAGACCACGCAUGGAGGAUUCCCCAGAGGGGUGGCCAUACAGCUCAGAAGAACCAACAGAUGACACCCGCAUACCUAAUAUAAUUAAAGAAGAUGACAUAAACAAGAAUUCUGGCUCCCACAGAUUGGUUAUGUGCCCACAUGGAACAAAGAUUAGUCCUGACACUUUAAGAAGUUACUCCCAAUGUCAGCUUUUUAGAUGUAUAAGACACCUGUCCACACAAUCUGUAUCUUCAAUUCCAACCUCUCCAACCACCAUGGGCAAGACCAAAGAACUGUCAAAGGAUGUCAGAGACAAGAUUGUAGAUCUGAUCAAGGCUUGAAUGGGCUACAAGACCAUCAGGAAGAUGCUUGGUGAGGAGGAGACAACUCUUUGAACAAUUAUUCGUAAAAGGGCCUCAGUCUGAAGCUCCGUGCAAGAUCUUGACUCAUAGGGUGAGGAUGAUCACGAGAAAGGUGAGGGAUCAGCCCCAAACUACACAGGAUGAGCUUGUUAAUGAUCUUAAGGCAGUUGGGACCACAGUCACCAAGCAAAACAUUGGUAACACACUAUUCCGCAAUGGACUGAAAUCCUGCCCCAAGGUCCCCUGCACAAGAAGGCAGAUGUACAGGCCCGUUUAAAGUUUGCCAAAGAACAUCAAAAUGAUUCAGAGAAGACCAGAACUGAGCUCUUUGGCGUUAACUCGACUUGCCAUGUUUGGAGGGAGAGAAAAUGCUGACUAUGACCCAAGAACACCAUCCCUACAGUCAAGCACGGGGGUGGAUACAUUAUGCUUUGGGGAUGUUUUUCUGCUAAGGAAAAAGGACAAAUUCACCGCAUUGAGGGGCUAAUGGAUGGAGCAAUGGCAUGUACUGUAAAACCUUGGAUGAGAACCACUUUCCCUCAGCCAGAACACUGAAGAUGGGUCAUGGAUGGGUCUUCAAAGCACAUUAAGGUAAUUUAGUGGCCUAGCCAAACCUCAAUCCUAUAGAAUAUCUGUGGAGGGACCUGAAACUUUGAGUUGCCAAUUGGCAGCCAAGAAACCUUAAGGAUUUAGAGAGGAUCUGUAAAGCGGAGUGGACCAAAAUCCCUCCCGAGAUGUGUGCAAACCUGGUUACCAACUACAGUCUUUCCUCUGUGCUUGCCAAGAAGUACUAAGUCAUGUUUUGCUUGGAGAUCAAAUACUUAUUUCACUCACUGAAAUGCAAAUAAAUUUCUAACCUUUAUAUAA